AUGAAACAGGUUCAAGCGGAUCCCACAGUGAAGGACUUUAUUGGAGGCUUCACUGCCCUGCAUUACGCUGCCAUGCAUGGCCGUGCCCGUAUCGCCCGCCUCAUGCUGGAAUCAGAGUAUCGUAGUGACAUCAUCAACGCCAAGAGCAACGACGGUUGGACACCUUUACAUGUGGCAGCUCACUACGGGCGUGACUCUUUCGUGCGUCUCCUCUUAGAGUUCAAAACCGAGGUGGACCCGCUCAGUGAUAAAGGCACCACGCCACUUCAGCUCGCAAUUAUCCGUGAACGUUCGAGCUGCGUACGCAUUCUGCUUGAUCACAACGCCAACAUAGACAUUCAGAACGGCUUCUUGUUGCGUUAUGCUGUCAUAAAGGGCAACCACUCAUAUUGCCGAAUGUUCCUGCAACGGGGAGCGGACACUAACCUGGGUCGUCUGGAGGAUGGACAAACACCGCUGCACCUGUCAGCGCUCAGAGACGAUGUGCUGUGUGCUCGGAUGCUCUACACGUAUGGAGCCGAUACGAACACGCGGAACUAUGAAGGCCAGACGCCUGUGGCUGUUUCAGUCACUAUGUCUGGCAUCAGUCGGCCCUGUCUGGACUUUCUGCAGGAGGUCACAAGGCAACCCAGGACUUUGCAGGAUCUGUGCAGGAUAAAGAUCCGACAGUGCAUCGGUCUCCAGAGUUUAAAGUUUCUGGAGGAUCUUCCCAUUGCCAAGGUCAUGAAGGACUACUUAAAACACAAAUUUGACAGUGUUUGA